AUGGAACUUUAUUUUGUACUCUUAAUCGUUAUUUCAUGUGGACCUUGUGUGAUUGCUGGGUGCAAGACGGGAUGGAUACAAUUUCAAAGCAAGUGUUAUCAUUUCAGUACCUUGGGCAGAGACUGGGGCGUAGCGUCUAGUUACUGUGAGGCAUUUAAUUCAAAACUGGCAGAGCCACAAACGGAAGCGGAAGCCCACUUUUUAUCCAGCCAUGCUCAAAAAUUCCCGGGAAAAAGUUUUUGGCUGGGAAUAACUGACAUGGUGGAAGAAACCACGUGGAUAUAUGCAUCCAAUCAGGCUCCGAUUGGCGUGUCCUCGAUGUGGGGUCCCAGUGAACCCAAUGGUCACGCUGUUGAAAAUUGUGCAAUGUUGUAUGCAGGUACCCACGACAAAAUGGCGGAUUACGGAUGCAAUGGAGCAUUAAAUUUCAUUUGUGAACAGGAUUAUGAAUUCAACCCCGAAAUAGUGGUCGGUUGAAAAAAAACACCUCCA